AUGAGCCUUUGCGAUGCGAAAAUUAACGAAGAUACUUUAAAGCGUCUAGACCCUGGCGCGACAAGUCUUUCCAAGCUAGAUCCGAAGACAUUGCAAGACCGCAAAUUAUCCACUCAAAGAACAUGCUACAGCUACGAACCCGCCUUCUCUACGUCAGCCAACUCGCCACCACUGUCGUCUCUCUCCAAAUCUUUCGAUGACGGUGGGUUGUUUGAUCAUACAUCCCGCAAGCUCACCCAUCCAACCCGCGCAGUAGAUGAACAAGAUACAUCACUCGUGCAACUGAGAGAUCAACUGGAGGUACACUUCCAAGGUCUAAAAAAGGAAUUUGAGGCCAAGAGAGGAGAGAGCUGGAUGCCGUUGCGGGCGUGGACGGAUGAGAAGUGGAAGUGGGAUGAUGAGAGUGAUGCUGAGACGGAAGGACAACCUUCGAUUCUACUGUCUGGCCUUACCAAAACCAUCAACACCAUGACGACAUACGUCAGGAACGACAGCGAUGCAAGCUCCGGCUCUCCUGGCCGUAAGAAGGAAGCUGCAGAUGCGAUCGAAAUGGUCCUAACACAAAGCCACCAAGAUCAAGCCCAACCCCGCGGCCCCUUAAUGCUUACUGAGGCGAACUCGAAGAAGAACACGGGAUAUGCGUUCACGAACAAGCGCAAGUGGGCAAUCCUGACGGUAGUCGGACUCUGCCAAACCAGCAUGAAUUACAAUGCAGCGGUCUAUUCCAACGCAAUAGGGCCGCUUAACGAACACUACCACCUGGGUAGCAACCACUUCACCAAUGCCAGGGCUGGUAUGGCAUGGUUUUUGAUCCUAUACGGUAUCGGUUGCGAACUUUGGGCACCCUGGUCCGAAGAGUUCGGACGCAAACCCAUCAUGCAGCUUUCACUCUUCACUGUCAACAUCUGGCAGAUCAUGGCCGGUGCCAGUACCUCAUGGAGUCAUGUAUUGACUGCACGCCUGCUCGGCGGUCUCUGCUCCGCAGGUGGUUCUGUAACCCUCGGAAUGGUUGCGGACAUGUUCGAUCCCGAAGAGCAACAACUCCCUAUCCUCUGGGUCAGCUUGUGGAGCUGUCUAGGCUCAGUCAUCGGUGGUAUCUGCGGUGGCCCUAUCGAGCAGUUCCUUCACUGGCGAUGGAACUUCUGGAUUCAGCUCAUUCUUGGGGCCACUGUCCAGCUCAUCCACUUCGUCUAUGUUCCCGAGACCAGGUCGACGGUCAUGCUCAACAAGGAAGCUAAGAAGAGCCGCAAGCAAAACCCAGAGGCCAACGUCGUUGGGCCAACCGAACACGAGAAGCUUGACUUCAUGGCUUGUCUCAGGAUCAUGGGUCGUCCAUACAAAAUGCUAGUCUGCGAACCAAUCGUUGGCUUCCUGUCACUGCUCAGUGGAUUUAGCGACGCACUCAUCUUCAGCUUCUUGGAAUCGUACGGGUACGUGUUCGGGAAGGAUGGUUGGGGCUUUACUCCUAGUCAGCUAGGACUCGCCUUGUUUGCCCUCUUCAUCGGCUACUGGCUAGCAGCAGUGCUGUAUUACCCAGUAAUACGACGACACAACCAGCAGCGUGGCAACGGUCAAGUGCUCAGCCCUGAGAGUCGACUAUCAGCCCUCCGAUGGAUCGUACUGCUUCUUCCUAUCGGCUUGUUCGGCUCCGCAUUCGUAGUUACUGGCCCACCUCUGCCAUGGAUCGCACCCCUCAUAUUCGCCGUCUUGAUCGGAUGCGCGAAUCUUGCCAUCUACUUUGCCACCAUUGACUACAUGGUCGCCGCUUACGGAGGAACUUAUUCAGCAUCAGCCACCGGCGGCAAUGGUUUUGCUCGAGAUGUCCUUGCGGGUUUAUGUUCCUUCUACACCGGGCCAAUGUACAAGAAGCUCGGUGUUCAGAACUCGACAUGGGUCUUGUUUGCGAUCUCCGCCCUUGUGUGCGCUCCGGUCUUCUUCAUCUACAAGUGGGGUCCUAGCAUCAGGGCUCGAAGCUCGUACGCACAGCGGAUUAAAGAGGAAAGAGAGAAGAGUGCUGCCGUCGAGCAAACAACGCAAGGGCAGGCGUAG